UGUUACCAUGCAUGUAUCGUGUAGCAGCAAGCUUUGUCGAUAUAGUUACCGCAAUGAGAGUACGUGGCAUGGACUGGCAUCAUAUUGAUCGACCUGAAUUCGCGCUUUAAUCGGCGUCGACUCGCUCGCUUGUCAGUUCCCAGAAAGCAUCUGUGUACUCCGCUUUUACAGCAUAAUUGUGGCCUCGCACCAUGACAUCUGACGAAACUGCAUCGUGCUGCAUCGUGCCCAGGCGUUAGACUCAUUUCGCCAUCGCCAUGCAUCGGUGAUGUAGACUCAUCAAUAGACGCGUUAAGGUGUUCGAGCUUGAAGAGAGUGUACAGAAAGGUGCCAGAUAUUGUUACAAAGUCGACAAUCGAAGAUCAAGACAAUUCGAAAUGACACUAAUUAAUCAAUAAAUGAAAAUGAAUUUUGUGUGUUAGGCAUCUUCUAAGAAAAGGAUACCAGUGUCUGCCACUUCUGACGAAAAUUUAAACUUGGAUUUAGUGUUAAAGAAGAAAAACAAGAUUAUCUGAAAUAACGGCCGAAUCAACUCGCAUUAAUCAAGCACUGUUUGAUACUUGAGAAAGUCUCUAUAACACAAAGCUAGACGAGAUAUAAAAACAUCCGCCGUCAGGAUGUGGACAAAUCACUUGAUAGUGGCGUCAAUUUUACUCGCAGUUGCCAACGUCUGUCGUGCGAAAUGCCAGUCUCGCAUUGAUUGUUACGAGUGCGACUCAUGGACGGAGCCUAAAUGCAAGGAUCCUUUCAACUACACUGCUCUACUCAGGGACCAACCGCCCUUGCUGUCCUGUGAGGGAUGCUGCGUAAAAAUGGUCCGCUACGAGAAAUUAUCGUACAAAAUCAUAAAAAGGACCUGCACCUCGCAACUACAAAUGAAUUUAUUCAUGGUGGACCACGUGUGCAUGAUGGAAAGCGGUCGCGGCACUGGUCACAUGUGCUUCUGUGAGGAGAAUAAAUGCAAUCGUGUAUCCCCGACCUCGCGCUUAAAUCCCGUACUCCUGCUGAUCCUGUCGUUUAUCCUUGUUCUACGCUCGGCCAUCUUAGAAGACUAAGCUUGCUUUAUAGAACGUUGCAAUGAACACUAUUAACUCGAUCCAUCCAUCGCAGUUGCGUCCAAUCAUAUCAUUGUGUCCAUCCUUCGUAGAGAUUCUAGCAAGUCUAUAACACGACCACUCAUCGGAACGAACGAUCGAGUUGGCUUCGAUCAUGAAGGCUAGACCCUUCGAGAUAUAAAAGAAAGAAAUAGCCAACAGAUAGUAAACAGUAGUGGAUGAUUGACGUUUCGCUGUAGUUAUUAAGUUUGUGAACUCACUCUUUCGAACACACGUCAUCAAUCCAUUCACAUAAUCGCGUGUAGAAAUAUAAAAUAUA